AUGCGAUUAAUGUGCUUGCAAAAGCGCCUGGGAAGUGUUCUGCUCGAGUCGCUCAACAAGAAUGAACAGGCACCCAAGGGGCAGCCCCAGUCCAGGGAGUCCCCAAACGCGCAGCACAAGCAGCCGAGCGGCGAUUUCCCGUCGGCCAACGGCGAGGCCGGCGGGGAGGCUCCCAAGGGCUACACGCAGGACCAGGUGGAUGCGGUGAAGAGGGUAAAGCAGUGCAAAGAUUACUAUGAAAUCCUGGGAGUGAACAGGGAAGCUUCUGACGAGGACCUGAAAAAGGCUUACCGGAAACUUGCGCUGAAAUUUCACCCGGACAAGAACCACGCACCGGGGGCUACAGAGGCAUUUAAAGCCAUAGGGAACGCGUACGCCGUGUUGAGCAACGCGGAGAAGAGGAAGCAGUACGACCAGUUUGGAGACGAGAAGCUCAACCCCGCUCGCCACGGCCACGCUGACUUCCACCGCGGCUUCGAGGCGGACAUCUCCCCCGAGGACCUCUUCAACAUGUUCUUUGGUGGUGGUUUCCCCUCUAGUAACGUUCACGUAUACAGCAACGGCAGGAUGCGCUAUACCUACCACCAGAGGCAAGACAGACGAGAGCACCAGGGUGAUGGCGGCCUGGGCUUGUUUGUGCAGCUGAUGCCCAUCCUCAUCCUCAUCAUCGUGUCCGCCCUCAGCCAGAUGAUGGUCUCCAGCCCACCCUACAGCUUGAGCCACAGGCCGUCUGUGAGUCACACGCACAGGAGGGUGACGGAGCACUUGAAAGUCGUCUACUACGUCUCGGAGAGCUUCGCAGAGGAGUACACGGGCGCCAACCUCAAGAACGUCGAGCGGAGCGUGGAGGACGACUACAUCGCGAACCUCCGAAACAACUGCUGGAAGGAGAAGCAGCAGAAGGAGGGCUUGUUGUACCGGGCGCGCUACUUCGGGGACUCGGACCUGUACCAGCGGGCGCAGAGGAUGGGCACCCCCAGCUGCAGCAGAGCGAGUCCUC